AUGCCUUCCAUGACUAACAACACUACUGCUGCUACAUCCAAAGUUCGCAUGAGCUCUUUCAACCAGCCAAGAAGCGAUCGCUCAGGUGUCUCCAGAGAAGAACUUUUGAAAAUGGCCAAAGCCGAGUACUCCCGCCAAUUGACCAGAUACACUGAAAAACAGUUGAGAAGACGCAUCUCUACCGAACACAGAUCCCACAGCCAUUGUUCCCAGCCAGCAACUGAACAACGUAGCGCUGCCUUUCUUUAUUCUUGUACAUUCCUCAAGGGCUAG